AUGAAUUCUCUGCCUUUAUUUUCCCAGCAUAGAAACCAAAAAAAAUCACUUGAUGGUAAAUCCUAUCCGUGGAUUUUUCUCAGUGAUGCAGUGCAGUGCUCGGAGAUGCCUACGCCAGGUUUAAUGUUAGUUUCUUGUGUAAUUCUUCCGUGUAGUAUGUUGGUUUUGGCCUGUAAAGUCUAA